CUGCACCAGGAAUGACCGACCCUUUAUCUGCAUUCAUCUGCAUUAUAGCCACACAAGUGGACACAAAGUAUCCCCUUGCUUCCAAUUCCAAUCCAAUGGGUGAACAAGCAAAGGUAACCAGGAUUUUCAAUUCCUCUGAACACAAGCCGAACCACAGACUGCUACACGUAUGUCUGGAUCCUGGCUUCCCCGCCCCGUUCGCAGAACUUCAGCACCAGUUGUUGGCCAAAAAUAAACACCAUUCCUCAACCAUAUAUGUCCACCAGCCCAGAGUGGGGGAGGAGGAGCAGGAGGUAGGGCAGGUCCCUGGGCCCCGGCCACACUCCGUGGCUGCUGCACGCCAUGCACCUCACCCAGCUCAACCGGGAGUGCCUGCUGCACCUCUUCUCGUUCCUGGACAAGGACAGCAGGAAGAACCUGGCCAGGACCUGCCCCCAGCUCCAGGACGUGUUUGAGGACCCCACACUCUGGCCCCUGCUGCACUUUCACUCCCUCAUAGAACUCAAGAAGGACAACUUCCUCCUGAGCCCGGCCCUCAGGAGCCUUUCCAUCUGCUGGUACUCCAGCCGCGUGCAGGUGUGCAGCAUCGAGGACUGGCUCAAGAGCGCCUUCCAGAGGAGCAUCUGCAGCCAGCACGAGAGCCUGGUCAACGACUUCCUCUUCCAGGUGUGCGACAGGUGUCCCAACCUGGCGUCCCUCACGCUUUCAGGCUGCGGCCAUGUCACCGACGACUGCCUCGUGCGCCUGCUGCGCUGCUGCCAGCACUUGCGCUUGCUGCGCCUGGAGAACUGCGCGCGCAUCACCAACCGCACGCUGACUGCCGUGGCGGCGCACGGGCGCGCGCUGCAGACUCUGCACGUGGACUUUUGCCGCAACGUGAGCGCGGCCGGCCUGCGCCGCCUGCGCGCCGCGCGCCCGCUCCUGGCGCUGCGGGCCGAACACAGCGCCGCGAUGAUCCCGGACCAGCUCCCUAGCGCGCCCGGCACGGCCCUUCGCAAACUGCUGCUGCCACGCUAAGCGGACGGCGCCGAGGCAAGAUACCAGGCCAAGGGCCGCCGGGCGCAUAGAGCGACCUAGUUUCCAAUCCCUGCCCCUCCACCUCCCAGACCGUAGCCACAUCUCUGAACCUCAGUUUCCCUGUCUGCGAAAUUGGGACACUAAUGCCUACCUCACAUUACGGUUUUAAGCAAAGGAGUGCGAGAUUAAGUAACCGGAUGCUGGGGAAACACUCGGAUAGUUCUCACUAAACACUGGCACCUGUCCCGACGCCCUUCCGCCCCAAGUCCUCCGCCACUCACUGUCCGCAGCAGCGGGAGAGGCCCGCACCACGAACGGACUGCGAUCCUCUACGGAGGCCAAAACACCCCAUGGGGAGGCGUGGCCACCCGGAGCUCGCCGGUAGCGCGCAGGCGCCCUAGAAACGGAAGGGGGCGGGGCGACCUCCGCAGGCGGCCCAGCCCCCCACUAAGUCCGCAGCUCGCGCUUCCCAGGAGUGAGGCUGCCCUCCAUCGCUAGCGGGCGGGAAGAAGCUGGGAAGACGGGCCUCACAGCCCGAGAGGGCCACCGAACCCGCCACGGCGUCCCUGCCACCCGCGCCUUUGCUCGCGGGCCCAGCGAGCCCGCUCGCCUUUCCCCAACAGUGACCGCACACAUGAUUCUAGAAAAUUCACAAAUUUGAUUCUUACAUAAAUAGCAUAUCCUUAUUCUCUACGGUUCUCCUAUCACAAAGGCAGAAGAAGUCGUUUGAAAAACCUAAGUAAAGAUUUGAAAACAAAAGCCGCAGCCCUCGGUAACUCUCUGGAUAAUGAAACCAUGAGAAGCUGAUAGAUUUUUAUAUGCUGGAUUUGCUCAACAUGGGCACGCGCCCUGACUUACAAUUUCAGGGCUUCUAGUCACUGAUGUCUCACCUUCAGUCACGAAGUAUAGGUUCUCAGCCACCCAGCAGCCUCCUGGUCCCAGGUACACGGUGAAAGCUUAGGUAAGAAGGGAAGGCAGGGAGC